GGGGGGGUAAGGGCACCAGAGGGAAGUGAUGGGCUGGUAAGGAGAUCAGGUGGGAGGAGUUCAUCCUCAGGGUCCCCUUAAAUAUUUCACCUUUCACCCUUAACCUCUGCUCUCUCCUCUCACUGAAACUCAACAUUUUGUGAUAUACAUGUAGAAUGUCUGAAAUACAUCUUAUGGAAAUGUUUGUUUGAUGAACUUCAAUAAAAAAAUAAAUUACAAAAAAAAAGAAACUCAGUAGAAAAAGCCUGAUUGCAUUCAGCCCAUCUACACCCCUCAUAAUUUUGCAUACCUCUAUCAAAUCUCCCCUCAUUCUUCCAUGCUCCAUGGAAUAUAGUCCUAACCUAUUUAAUUUUUCACUAUCUCAGGUCCUCAGUUACCAGCAACAACCUUCUAAAUUUUUUCUGUCUAAAUUGUUGAUACCUUUCCUGUAGGUAGGUCAGCAGAACUGCACACAAUACUCCAAACUUGGACUGACCAAUGUCUUAUACAACUUCAAUACAAUAUCCUAUCUCCUGCACUCAAUACUUUGAUAUCCAAAGGCCAAUGUGCCAAAAGCUCUCUUUAUGAACCUAUCUACCUAUGACACCAUCUUCAAGGAAUUGCGGAUCUGUAUUCACAGAUGCCCGUUUUAUGUUAAGCAGCAAAUGAGAGGAAAGGGAACAUCAAUGUUUCAGGAUGAAACUGUGCAGAACUCGAUGCAGGGUUUUGACUUGAAACAUUAAGUGCUCAGGAUGGUUACUUCAGAAGAACCAUUAAUUAAUGACAGUUUUUUGCAAAAGAAAUAGAACUAGGUUUUUUUUUAAAAUGUAAAGUUAUGAUCUAAAAAGGUAAUGUGUGUAGAAUCAGAGUGGUUACAGCUCAGGAAGUCAUUAAGUCACUCGUGUCUGUGCCAGUUCUUAGCCAAGGUAACUGAAUCCACAUCCAGCCACUUCGCCAGGGCCUUUCAAAUGUUCAUUAUCCUAAAUUUACGUAAUACCCUCUUGAAUAUUGCAGUGAACCUGCCUGCCCCACAAGGCAUACAUUCUAGAUUCCAACCAGAGGUUGCAUUACAAAAUUUUUUCCUGCCUCUAUCCACUCAGCAGAAGCCCUUCAUCAUUCUUCUACCAUCUCUCCAUUUUAAUUUACACUUUAAUUUUGCCUUGCAGCCUGAAUGGCCAACUCUUGCUUCUUGUUACAUCUUUGAAAAAUCCAGCAAAGACAGUACAGCAAAAAUAAACAGUAUGAAUGUGCUCAAUUAAAGUGAGAGACAGCAACAGAAAAUCUGAGUCUUUGCAUUUCUGGCAUUGGCACAAAUGCAAGAACAUGCAUCAGAAUAAAUAUGAACUAUGAUGUUUUAACGUGGUAGUAUUUGGCUACAAAAAAACAAGCAAACUGUCCAACUAAAAUGAAUGUCACCAAAGACACUCACAAAUUGAUGAACCAUGGAGAGCAAUCUAACUGGCUGCAUCACCAUCUGGUAUGGGGAGUGGAGGAGAGAGAGAGGGGGUGUUACUGCACAGAACCAACAUAAGCAGCAGAGAGUUGUAAACUUAGUCAGCUCUAUCAUGGCACUAGCUUCUGUAGUACACAGGACAUCUUCAGAGAGCAAUGUCUUAAAAAGGCAACAUCCAUCAAUAAGAACUCACAUCACAGGUCAUGCCUUGUUUUCAUUGCUAAUAUCAGGAAGGAGGUACAGAAACGUGAAGGGACACACUCAACUAUUCAGGAACAGCUUCUUCCUCACUGCCAUCCAAAUUUGAACGGACAUUGAACCCAUAAACAACACCUCACUACUUAUUUCUAUUUUUGCACUACUUAGUUAAUUUAACUAUUUAAUGUAGAUACCUACUGUAAUUCACAGCUUUUAUCUAUUAUCAUAUAUUGUAAUGCACUGCUGCCGCAAAGAUAACAAAUUUCACGACAUAUGCUGGUUAUGUUAAACCUGAUUCUGAUUGUGUACAUACAAAGCUAUUAAAAUAUUAACAGAAAACGCUGCAAAACGUAUCACCAUCGACAGAGAGAAGUUAAUAUCAACUAUAACCCCUGCUCAAUUCACUCUAUAGACUUGUCAUGAGAACCGCUGAUUAAUUCGCAUUCGCGUUCAAGUUAGGGCAACCUCUAAUGCUGAAGAUAACCUUCCACCCAAUGCGGAAAGAAAACUUCAGUUGUCAAGUGAAACAACUUCAGCUCUAAUCUGAUUUGGUGUAUGGACCUCCAAUGACACAACAUGAUGGAGAAAUGCUUCAUAAGCCUUCGUCAAGUCUAUAGUGAGUUGUUGGCUGGUGUGAAGCCCAGUAAAGACAGCCAUGAGCUAGCAGUGUUCCUGUCGCCUGAAACGUUUGAACAAGAGUCGGUCUCUUCCAUAGAAACCAAGAAAAAUAACCUUGUUUAUCAUUUCCGCGGAUGCUCAUUGCGUAUAAAUGGCAAUGACACGCAACUAGAGAACCAUUCAUCAGCAAAUGAUGGUCAGAAUGAGAUCUUCUUACUUCAAAUGAAUAUGAUUCAUCUGAUGAGUUCUAAGUUGUAUUCAGAGAUACUAAGGCAAGAUGUCAGAAAAACAUAUCUGAAGAGUGUAACAAUACUACUGGAAGAUAUGAAAAUUAUAUCUAAACUGGCUCUCUUGUUUGACUACCAGGAUAAGUUGUUGUCUCAUAUGGCAAUGAAAUGUGUUGCAUCUUUAAUUCUGGUUCAGAUUCUUCUUACAAAGUUGUCCAUUGAUAGCUGGAUGAACAACUGCCUGGACAUUCUGUCAAAAAAACAGGGAAGUCGACAAUCAGCUCAUUGGCUUCAAACAAUUACGGUGGUAAUCAAAGAAAUUUUAAAAGGAAAAUCUCAGGACAAGACAGGUAUUUUGCAGAAACUCCUCAAGCCGGUGGACUCAGUAUUCCAUAACUUGUAUUUCUUCACCUUUUCCCCGCAUUCUGGUGCCUGCCAAACAAGUGAAGGUUGUACAGGAUCCAAUAUUGAUAGCAUUGCCACGACCAACCAGUUUGCAGUUAUACAGGCUCUUGAAGUUUUUGUUGCUAUUAGAAACCAGUUGGAACUAAACCUGCCUUGCAUAAGGACAUUAUACCUGCAUGCCCCACUUAUGCUGGAUUUUGUCACUUCCUCUGCUCAAUAUUUCAUUAAGAAAAGGUUAAUUUUGCUACUCAAAAGUUGCAUUCUUGGCUGUGCAAGUGCUGAUGCCAACAGUCCCUGCCAUGCAGUGUCUCAGCAAGAUCGCCACAUACACAAUGACUUAAUGGGAGUAUCUUGCAUCUUGCUUCAAGCUGUAACAUCUGGAUGGCUGAGGCAGGUUCCUGUGAGCCCCAGGCCAUGUUUCUUUGGAGGCAGUGAGAUACUUGGUGCAGAACAUUCUAUUCCUGGUCCAGAUAUGGUAAUGCUGCGGGCUGUAAGUCUUAUUGUGAUCAAAGCCAUGGAAACUAAUCUGAAGAAUGCAGUGGGUGCAGUGACGGAUAAAGGCUGCCUGAAGAAUGAACUCCAGGCCUGUGUGUCUCAGCUGAUGCUGUUUCUGAGGAGGCAUCUCCAGAAUUCUGCACAAUUCCAGCAGCUGUCUCAUCCAUGUGCCUGGGUUUCCUUCAUCUUCCUGGAGCAGGAUGAUGAUCUGGUAGAGGUUGUCAGUGCACUGCUGACCAUCUAUAUGCACUCUUAUGGGAGUUACUACUGUGGGCCAGAAAGAACUAUAAUCUACAAAUCAGUGAAGAGGAUUGAAGCAAUGACAAUGGAAACAGACAAGGCAAAUUACUUUGUUCUUGUCAUUUGGACACAGGGAUGGAGAUAUUUGGACAACCACCCUGAGGAAAAGGCAGCAACUUCUCAAGAAACUUGUGAACAGUGGUUCGAUCCCCACGGCAUUUUCCUGCUACUGUUACAGAAUUUAGCAUUUGAUCAUCGGGUCUUACUAGACUUCUUGAUUUCCUCUGAAACUUGCUUCCUGGAGUAUUUGGUGCGAUAUCUUCGGCUUCUUCGAAGGGACUGGCAAUCCUUCUGUUACACUUGUGCUCAGUUUGAUGCCACUCCUGAACCAUUUAGUCCACCUCCAGUCAAUGAAGUUUGUGACAGCCAUCGUUUCACUGUUCAGGUGGAACAAGACGGUCAUACUCUCAGUGAAGAUUCAAGAAAAGCAUUUGUAAGCCCUCAAAUACCACUAUCUCACCUACCCAAAAAAAAGCCUUGGCCUAGCCACAACCCUCGCCUUGUGAUGAACAGUGAACGGACACAGCUAGUCAGUCUGCCCCAAAGCCUAGUGGAUUACGAUAGCUCAGAGAACUCAGAGAGUGACGAAGGGGAAACCAUUCGUGUGAAUACUGCCAGCCCGGGAGACAGUGAGGGAGAUUUUGAGAGGAGUAACACAGAAACAACCAAUAAAGAAGCACAACACAGGUCAGAAACAACUGGAAGCAUCAAAGGUAUAAAUUCACACAGUUGUGAAAAGAACCCAGAAGUGGAAUUAUCCUUGGAGGGAAUGUUUAAGAAAUCUACGGGUUGUUUGAUUGAGCUGAGGAAAGCCAUUGGCCGAUUGCAGGGAAGGAAUCUGUUUCCAUACAAUGCAACACCCCUGCUGAAACGGCUGUUGGAUAUUGAAGCAUGCCACAAAAAUGAUGCAGUUUCUGAAUAACCAGCAAUGAAGCAAAUAUCAUCAUUGAUACUGGUCACACAACCAGCUCUAAGGUCUGGAAAUAAACUGGAUUUUAUAUUAUAGAACUGCUCACUGGAAAUAAAUUUCUGUAAUGUUUGUGCCACAUUGUAUUUUUCAUGUUAUCUAUUUUUGGGAGGAGAUGGUUUCAUGUUUUAUUCAAUUGUCUCUGGCUUUUGCCUCAUAACACCAGAGACCCAGGUUCAAUCUUGUAUCAGGUUUGCACAUUCUCCCUGUGACUGCAAGUUUCCUCAGGUACUCCUCUAAUUUCUUCCCAUGUCCUAAAGACAUGGUGGUUGUUAGGCUAAGUUGCUAGGUAAAUUGCUCCUAAUGUGUAGAUGAGUAUUGAAAUUUUGAGUAAAUUGGUGAGAAUGUGGAGUGAGUAACAAAAUGUAAUUAAUAAAACAUUAUUGUAAAUGGGUGAUUGAUUUUUGACAGGGGCAUAAUGCUGUAACUCUCCAUGACUCAUUGAUUUAUGAUUCAUAGCGGUAAAUACAAAACAGCAAAAAUCUAAUGUUAAACUGUUCAGUAAAUUGAAGUUCAAAAGAGGACUGAUCUUUUUGAAAUGUACAAGCUUCUGAGAGGAAAUGCAGGAUGUUUCUCAUAGUGCGAGGUAUCUAGAACUAGGGAGUUUGCAUUUCAGACAGGCUUCAAGAGGAACAUCUUCUCUGAGGUUUGUGAAUUUUGGAAUUCUAUACCCCAGAGACCUUUAGAGGCAGUGUUAGUGUAAUUGAAUGUACUCAAAAAGAAAAUUGACAGGCAUUUUAACAAGGAAAAUCGGGUAAGUAGUAAUCAACCAAAGUUAGAUCAGCCAUAAUCUUACUGAAUAGCAGAGUGUAUCUGGGAACUGAUUCUUUGUCUUCUGGAACAUUUGCUCUGGAAUGAAGAGCUGGAUAUGAAAUUGGAUAAUCUACUCCUUUCUGAACUGAAACAUGCAUGGCAUUGGGUGGAUUAUAGUGUUUGAAAACCUUAGGCUGGCAUUAAAACUGGGGCAAACACUAAAUAGAAAUAUAAAUCUUGAUAUUUCGGAAUGUAACGUCAUCAGAGAAGGAAGAUGGGAAGAUUAUGAAAGCAACAUAGAUUAGGGGGUGCCGAUAAAAUAUAGCACGAGAAAUGGAAGCAGGAAUAGGCCAAAUGUGCCCUGAAGCCUGCUUUGUCAUUACCAGCCCUCAACUGUUCCCCUGCCUUCGAUCUCCUUUGUGUUCAAAACUGUACAGUCCCUGUCUUUAAUAUAGUCAAUUUCUGAGCAUUUGCUGUCUUGAAGCAGAGGACUUCUAAUGAUUCAUAGUCCUCAGAAACUUCUCAUCUCUCACCUCAUGACUUUACAUUUAGAGAAUUUUUCUAAUGGCAUCAUCUCUUUAAGUUCAAGAGAGCACUCAGUCCAUCUUAAUAAGACAGCCAUCUGAUCUUGGAAAUCAAUCCAGAGGAAAUCUGUAGCGCUUCCUCUGUCAAAGUUCAAAGUAAAUUUAUUAUCAAAGUACGUAUACGUCACCAUAUAUUAUCCUGAGAUUCAUUUUCUUGCAGGCGUUCACAGUAGAACAAAAAACUCAGCAGAAUCAAUGUAAAACUACAGUACUCACAAAGACUGACAUGCAACCAAAGUGCAAAUGUUAACUCUUCUGCUCUGACCUGCUAAAUAGUUCACCAAUUAAAAAAAAAUUUCUAAGUAGAAUUAGGACACUACAAUUUCACCCAGUACUCCAGCAGUUGUCUCACAAAAACCUUCACUUACUUUUGUCCUCCAGUUCCUUGCAGUCAGAUGUAACAUACCAUUGGCUUUUCGAAUUGUUUUAUGUAUUUGCAUAACUUGUAAAUAGAUCCUCGAACUUUUCAGUACUCCAGUUUUUACCAGCCCUUCACCAUUUAAAAUAUUUUCUAUUACUCCUACAAUGUAAAUUACAUUGCUUGCUAUCCACUCCGUUUUCCUUCUGCUUUCUUGCUCUCUUCUUAGCAGCUCUGUUUUCUGGUGCUUUUUCAAUCAGCUUUGUAUUAUAAACAGAACUUGAGGUAUUAUAUUUUGGCAUUUUACAUAAAUCAGAACUUUGAUCAAACAUAAUUGAGCCAACUGUAUUGAUCUUCACAGCAUCCUCAAUGAUAAAAGCCUGUUAACCUGUCUGUUUUCACCCUUUAACCAGUCAUCCAUCCAUCUUAACUUCAUGCCAAGAAUCUCAUGAGCCCUUCAUCGAAUGCCUUUUGAAACCUGCAAUGUGCUAUUCACUGAAUUCCCAUUAAAACGAAGACAGACACAAUACAUUUAAUUGCCCUUUUAACCAUUUUCUUUUGCCUUUUCUUUUCAGCCUCUAAGGGAUUAACAUUUUUGUUAAUUACACCUGUACAAAUAAUUGUAUAUGUUUUUUGCUAAUGUCCCUGUUCAAUUUUCUCCCAGUUUGUCACUGUUUUGAUCAUUCUAAUCUUGGCAAGAAUAUAUAUUUAUUUUAAUCUUGUGCUUUCUUGAGCUACUAUUUAGCCACAAAUUAAUUUUUUAUCGUGGAGUUUUCCUUUUGACAACUGGAAUUUAAUUUCAGAGUUAUGCAAAGUUUAAAAAGAACAGGAAGUGAAAAGUAGAGAGCUUAAAAGGAGCAGAGGGAAUCAGGUCCAAUGAGUGGAGAGUAGGAAGAAAGCAAGGAGAAAGAUGCCCAGUCACAAUUUGUUCUUAGCAGCCCCUGCCAAAGUAUGGCAUUGCAGUAAUUGUUGGUUAUUUCUACCCAGUCAAUGUCUUUGUGUCCCUUCUGAUUGGCCAAGAGAUUUAAAUCAGGAGACAUCUGUACAGCUAAGAAGUGUAAAAUCUAAAAUAAUUAAAUUGAAACCAAUUCAUUAAACAGAACAGAGAAAGCUGGGCAGAUACUGUAUGUAUAGCUGUCUCAAAUAGAAUUGGUGCACUCCAUUUGAGGUUCAUGAGUGAUACUGGGGAGUUAAUACGAAAUAAGCAAAUGAUAUGUUUUAAACCAAUACAUCAGUGUUCACCUGGAGUGUACCACAAACAUACUCAAGAUAAUCAAAGGACUAGUUUCAAAGAGGAGGGAAGAACUUGCAACAAUUCCUUUCAAAAGAGCCAAAGUAUUGGGAAUAGUAAUGGGAGAGGUUGCCGGACUCAAUGACCUGCAGCUAGGAGUUUAGGCUACAGAGGUAAAAGAGCCAUUGUUCAAAGAUUUUUUUCAAGUAUUUUAGUUCAGGUAGGACGUCAAUGGAUAGGAGACCCACAAAUAUGAU